CAACUGGCUCAACUCCAUGAUUCUAGCCUAAUAAAGCUAUUAUUUUAUGAACAUAUGAGGCUUUCAUUAAGUCUUAAAACAUCAGUAGAUAAGCAGUAGAAUGAAGACUCUCUUGCUACUAAGCUCUUUCUUUGUGCAUACCCUUGUGGUGAAUGGCUUCACAACACCAGCCUAUAUGUUCAACUUCACAGGCCCUGUAGACACUGCUGAUGAACGUGAUUGCUGGAGUACUAGCUUAGAGAGUAUGAAUGCAGUGACCAAGACAUGUGUAGGAACACUCAUAAAGACCAAAGAAUUUCGCAGUUAUUUAGACCUGGAUGUUUGUGAAUUCACCAAGAAAACUGUAUUAAUGGUUGAGACAUGUCUUGUCAAAGAGUUUGUGAAGGUAACAAACUGCUCUCUUAAAAUCAUAAAGAAUAUGAUUGGGAUUUUUGAUGAAGGGAAGUCAAUGGCACAGCAAGAUGUGGAGUAUAAGUUCUGCGAUGGACCAGCACCAAACCUUAUGAUGCAAUAAGAAAAAUGUGAAACAGGACAGACUCAUCAAAUCCAUAAUGAGACUCUUAAUAUUGACUGAGACAUCCUAGCAUACAUGUAAUUUGAAAAAAUACAAAAUACAAGAAC